CUCUCUCUGAUACACCUCCAAUCUUCAUCCCAACCCCCAUUGCCACCAUGUCACAGCUUCCACACCUGAUGGAGUCGCUGUCGCUUCACUCUCGCGCGGCGCCCGCCUCGCCGCGCUCCCAGCCCUCCCACGCCUCGCAAUCCCAGCCGUCACAAUCCAACCGCCUGCCCCCCUUAAUGAAGAAAUACAUGAACCCGCACCUCGUGCGGCCCCCCAACACCGGCCUUGAGAGCCACAGCAGAGCAGCACUUCAGGCGCUUGCGGACAACGCCACUGCGAGUUCCACCGCAAGCGCAAGCGCGAUCCCUCAGAAAACCCGCACGUCCCCGCGCAAGCCCACACAACAUACGGCCCACGGAAUUCACGGGCCGGCGCACGCCACGGCUGCGCGGACACAGGCUAGCUCUCUUGUUCCAAAGGAGCGCAAGAUGGACCUGGGGACGUACGACGGCGGGUUCGAGCGGGACGUCGCCGACGUCGAGACCAUCACGGGCGAAGCGGCGAAGGUGCUCGAGCUGCAAUCCGCGGCGGGCGGCUCCAUUCCCCUCUCCCUUGCCGCCUUCCAGAUCGGCCGACCGCUCGGCAAGGGCAAGUUCGGGCGCGUGUACCUCGCCCGGACCAAGGCCGCGCCGCACUUUAUCGUCGCGCUCAAGUGUCUCAACAAGGGCGAGAUCGUCAACGGGCGUGUUGAAAAGCAAGUCCGCCGCGAGAUCGAGAUCCAGCAGAACCUGCGGCACCCCAACAUCCUACGCCUGUACGGCUACUUCCACGACUCGAAGCGCAUCUUCCUCAUCAUCGAGUUUGCCGCCCGCGGCGAGCUGUACAAGCAGUUGAGCAAGCACGGGCGCUUUGACGAGAAGCGCUCUUCGCGCUACAUCGCCCAGAUGGCCGAUGCUCUUUCCUACCUCCACCGCAAACAUGUCAUCCACCGCGACAUCAAACCCGAGAACCUCCUCAUCGGCCUCAAAGGCGAGCUGAAGAUUGGCGAUUUCGGAUGGAGCGUGCACGCGCCCGGCGACCGGCGCCGCACGCUGUGCGGCACGCUCGACUACCUCCCCCCCGAGAUGGUCGAGGGCAAGGAGCACAACGCCAAAGUCGACCUCUGGGCGCUCGGCGUGCUCGCGUACGAGUUCCUCGUCGGCACGCCCCCGUUCGAGGACUUGAACGGGAGCCAGGCGACGUACCGCCGCAUCAGGAACGUCGACUUGCAUGUCCCGUCGCAUGUGUCACCCGAGGCGACCGACCUCAUCAAGCGCCUCCUCCGAUACCACCCCGAGGACCGGCUGCCGCUCGCAGACGUGCUCAAGCAUCCAUGGAUCAAGAAGUAUGAGAAGUCCAAGAAGUCGCUCGCGCGCCCGUCGUAAUCUGUAUUUGGUGCAUGUAUAUUGUGGUCUCCAG